ACUCCGGUUUCGUUACACACAUUUCACACGUUAAUCCGUUAAAACUGUCAACGCCACGUGUCCCCUUUCAAUUGGCCCAUACACUUCUGUGCGCGUUUACGCUUCCCAAAAUUUCGACUCCCCACCCCACUAAACAAUUUAUAAAAACAAAAUCACAAAAACAAAAUCAAAAUCAAAAUCAAAACCCCUCAAAAUCAGAAUCUUUCAUCCUCCAUCUCUCAAAAUUCUUUAAUUUUUUACAGAAAAUAAAGCAGCAGAUUCUUGGUCAAUUGGGUCAUUAUCACAACAACAACAAUAAUUAAAAAUUAAAAAAAUAAAAGAAAUUAUUGUUGAAACCCAAAAGUCGUUUAUUCAAUCUGUUAUUUUUUUUAUCUAUAUAUACGCCUUGUUCUGCCCUCCAUUUGAUCACAUAUCAGCUUCACUUCGUUCGUGUAUUCUGGGUUUUCGAUUGCGGAUUCUGGAUAUUAUCAUCGCUGCUAAUAAUCUCUCUGAAUUGCAUUCAUGGCUGUGAAGAUCAAUGGAUUCAUCGAAGGCACGCAACCCGAAGAACUAGUGAAACUACUGCUAUCGCUUGCUUCCAACUGGGGCGAUGUUUUUGACACGAAUAAAUUAAAAGUUGUUCAUUUAAGUGGUGCUAUGACUAAUGUGGUUUAUCGAAUCACUUGGCCGAAAAACACCACUGGCAACGAUGAACGAACGGUUUUGGUUCGAAUUUAUGGUGAAGGGUCGGAUGUUUUCUUUGACCGUGAAGAGGAAAUCCGGACCUUUGAAUCGAUCUCGACCCAUAAGUAUGGCCCACGCCUUCUUGCGCAGUUUCCUGAAGGCCGAGUUGAGGAGUUUAUUCAUGCUAAGACACUAUCAGCUUCUGAUCUUCGCGAUCCUGAGAUUUCUACGCUUAUUGCAGCCAAAAUGAGGGAAUUUCAUAACCUUAAUAUGCCCGGCUCGAAAAAUGUUCUUCUUUGGUCAAGAAUGAGAAAGUGGUUGAUUAAGGCUAGAAGCUUGUGCUCUCAAGAACACGCGAAAGAGUUUCAACUCGAUAUCUUAGAAAAUGAAAUCGAUAUACUGGAAAACGAGUUGUCACAACGCCACCAAGAUGUUGCUUUUUGCCACAAUGAUUUACAAUACGGAAAUAUUAUGAUCGACGAUAAAACAAAAAGCGUCACACUAAUUGAUUAUGAGUAUGCUAGCUACAACCCUGUGGCUUAUGAUAUUGCAAAUCAUUUUUGUGAAUGGGCUGCAAAUUAUCACACUGAUACACCUCAUGUUUUGGAUUACAACAUGUACCCAGAUUUGGAGGAUCGACGGAGAUUUGUGCAGUCAUAUUUCAGCUCUGCAGGAAACCAACCAUGUGAUGGUGAAGUGGAUCAGCUUAUUGAUGAUAUUGAAAAAUACACUCUUGCAAACCAUCUUUUUUGGGGAUUAUGGGGAAUAAUUUCGGGUUAUGUUACGAAUAUUGAUUUUGAUUACAUAGAGUAUUCUAGGCAGAGGUUUAAUGAGUAUUGGUUAAAGAAGCCCCAAUUAUUGAAGGGUAUAAAUGGAAUUUCACAAAUAAACGACUUGGUAGGCGUGGAGACCAGGAACGAGAAAUCUAACGGUGUUGUUGCACAUGCUACAUGAAAUAUAUGUUUUUUUUAGUUAUGUAAUACGUAUGUUUAAGAUAAAUAAUAUAGUUAGCACGCGACAAGCUCUAGCGUUGUUGAGCUGUUUUAUAUAAAAAAAAAAAACUUGUUAUAGAUUAAUUAUUAUAGUGAAUGUUAAACCCUAAACCUAAAUUAUGUAUUUGGGUUUUUAGAAUAUAUUAAAGGUUUGUAUUAAUUGUGUAUAUCUUUCUUGUAAUGAACUCAUAGUGCAAAGGGGAAAAGAAUGUUUUUGAACACUUUUCACUUUUGUCUUCUUUGCUUGAUAUAUAAAUUUGUAAUGGAAUUAA